GACUUGUAAAUGUUAAGCGUCCCUUUGAAAUAAAUGAAAGAGUAUGUGGCUAAUUUUAAACAUUUAAGACAAGUCGAAUAUACUUCCCAAUUGUCAAAAGCAAAAACACAAAGGAUAGUUGCUAUGGCAAUCAUAUGGCAACAUAUUUAACAACAUGGCGAUCAAUUAAAGAAACUCGAAUUUCGUUAUCUUGCUGAUGGGUUUUAGAUUGAAUGCCUUGUUUUUUACAUCGAUGGACCACUUUCAGUAGAGUUUAUGAUGGAAAAUGGCGACUAUUUAAGUAAUAUGAAUGAACUAGACGACGAAACGUUACAAGUUUUGUACACAUGGAUAGACGAGAUACCGCUGUCAAGACCAAAACGAAAUAUUGCACGAGAUUUUAGCGAUGGAGUGUUGGUAGCCGAGAUGGUUCAUCACUUCAUACCAAAGAUUGUAGAAAUCCACAACUAUUCUCCAGCAAAUUCAGUCACACAAAAAAAAGAAAACUGGAACACAUUACAAAGAAAAGUCUUGAGUCGUUUGGAUUGUAAGGUUUCAGAAGGCCUUGUUGACAGUAUAUGUAAAUCUCAAUCAGGUGCAAUUGAGAUGUUCCUGAUAAAUCUGAGAGACAAGAUUGACAAAUAUGAUGGAAGAAGAAAAGCUGCUGCCUUGCGAAAACAACAUCAAGUCUAUGAUGAAUUAUCAACUGGAAUAGUAUCUGACACAUACUCUUAUGUGUCAAUUGAAGGUGAAAGAGAGUUUACACAAGAAAGUGGCUAUAAUUCAUUUUAUCAUCCAGGAAUGGCAAAUGUCUCUUCUUACAAGAUGGGACCAUAUGACCAGUCACAAGAAGAGCUCAGUCACAACAGCUUGAAAGCAAAUCCAAGAUUAGAACCUUAUGUAGAACAAAAAUUCUCAAUUACCAAACAAACACCUCACACAGGACAUAAACAAGUUCAUGUAAAGUCUUCAAAUAAAGGUGCUGAAUUGCCACAAAACAUUCGCUUGUUACUUGAGGAAAAAGAACAAACCUUACUAUCAUCACAAGAAACUGUACAGAUUCUUCAAGUUAAAGUAAGAAGACUUGAACAUCUUUUGCAUCUCAAGGAUAUCCGUAUAGAGGAUUUAACAAGAAGGCUUCAACAAGCCACUCAACCUCCACCUAAACAUCUUCCUCCUCAACAAAAUCAUCCUGCACCACCAAUAUCAGGUGCUGCCGGCCAACCCUUACCCAGAAUGCACUUUACACCACCACUUCCACCAGUAAAGAGCCCACCAAAAUAUGGAUCAUGACAGCAAACAAUGCAAGAGAAUGUUAGAAGCUAGUCACAUGAUUGUAAAAUAUGACAUGUAGAGUAUGCUUCAAUUGAUUUUGUGAAAAUCAAUUCAGUCACUUUGAUAUGAUACACUUUUUUAAAGUUUCAUUUCACUUUCUUUCCAUACAAGUAAUGGAAAUAGUGUUCUUCAUGUCUCAUCAAAUAUUCACUGAAAUCCAAAUUUCAAUUCAAACUUUGCAUUGUGCAUGAAUAAUCUUGGAAAGCUUUGUCGGCAAAAUCUGUUCCAAAAAUUUAGGAUUUUGUCUUUUAUUUUUGUUAAAAUUGAGAAUGGCAGUUAUUAUUUACCAUAAUAAAUUAUAAAAUAGCA